GUAAAAUUUCUACCCGGAUAAUCAAAUAACAAAUCCAUGAGCUCUUAGUGCAGGGGCGGACCUACCUUAGGGGAAGCGGUAGUCUCCGCUACCCCUUGGCGCUCCGGCGGUAGUGUAAAUUUUGGAAAAAUUUGGCGUUUUUUCGAUUUCGUUACCCCUUUUUAUACAACGUUACCCAUACGAAGAUUUUCUAGAUCCGCCACUGUCUUAGUGGGCAAAACAGACAAUAUUGAUCGGUAUAAGAGGUUCGAUUACAAAUACACACAUCAUCUCAUUUUCAGAUGACUAUUUGUGUCCGGUCAUAUAUUACUCUCUAUGUAAGUUAGAAAUUUUGGCAGAUAAACCAUGUACGUACAAUGAAGCUUGUACCAGUAUGUUCUAUUUGUAAUCGAAGACUGUAGAACGCCUUCACGUGGAUCAGUUCAUAAUCAGUUAAAUGGAUAGAAGUUUAUCGCUAAUAAAGAAAAGGCGUCACUUAAUUGGUUUUUUGUCGCUGGAUGCUUACACUCACGUAAUAACGUUUUCAAAAGGGAAUUACAAACCAUAAACUGAGUGCUGGUAGUUGAAAUGUUGGUAAAAUUUCACAAGAAAUGAGCUUUGAAGUCACAAGAAAGAUAUCACCCAUUAAUGCAAAAGCACAUAUUCACAUUUCCAUCUUCUUUAGUCAUUCCAAUGUUUUUUUCCUAUUUAAUUACCUUUGUUGUUGAAAGAGAGUGUGCGUGUGAGAGCGAUGAGUUCUCCGUUAGGAGAUCAGGAGACCGGAGCAGUUAAAAUCACGAAAGAUAAGAAUGGUGUUGAUCUUAUCACACUUCGAAAUCCUAGAGGUUUUUCGGCAAAGGUCAGUCUGCAUGGUGGUCAAGUUAUUUCUUGGAAAAACGAUCGUGGUGAAGAACUGCUGUUUAAAAGUAGUAAGGCAAACUCCAAACCACCUGCACCAGUGAGAGCAGGAAUCCCCAUUUGCUUUCCACAGUUUGGGAAUCGCGGUUCUCUAGAGCAACAUGGAUUUGCACGAAAUAGGAUAUGGGAAAUUGACCGCAACCCUCCUCCUCUUCAGCGCAAGGAUUGUGAUGGGAAAGCGUUUAUCGACUUACUGCUUAAACCGUCUGAAGAAGAUAUGAAGAUUUGGCCUCAUAGUUUUGAAUUUCGACUGAGAGUACUGUUGACUCCUGACGGGGCUCUAAAGCUAAUAUCGCGUGUUAGAAACAUCGGUUGUAAGGUGUUUAGUUUCUCAAUAGCAUACCACACGUAUUUUUCUGUGUCUGAUAUUAGUGAAGUAAGAGUCGAAGGCUUGGAAACACUUGACUAUCUCGACAAUUUACACCAUAAAGAGCGCUUCACCGAGCAAGGAGACGCUCUCACCUUUGAAAACGAGGUGGACCGCAUCUACAUUGGUUCGCCUCAUAUGAUUGGGGUGUUUGACCACGAAAAGAAGCGAACGUUCCUCAUACGAAAAGAAGGUCUUCCUGACGCAGUUGUUUGGAACCCAUGGGAAAAGAAAGCAAAAGCAAUAGUUGAUAUGGGUGAUGAGGAAUAUAGACAAACAAUAUGUGUGGAUGGGGCAGCGGUUGAGAAGCCCAUCACUUUAAAACCCGGAGAGGAAUGGACGGGUCGAUUGGAGCUAUCCGCACUUUGAAAAUAUUAAUGGAUUUUUAGAGAUUUUUUCUUUCAUUGAAUACAAAUCUUAAGUGUGAAGAUUAAUGUAUAACUAAUAAGAAUAAGAACACUCUUUAAUAUACAAAUAGAAAAUGCACAAAUAAUAAUAAGGAUGAACAAUUGUACCUGAAAAUGAUAUGAAUGUAAUGAAAUGCAUGAGUGAGAUUAGUAAUAUAAAUAUUGUUAUUUGUGUUUUCUUU